AUGGGACUACGGAUUCACUUUGUUGUUGAUCCUCAGGGCUGGUUCUGUAUGGGCCUGAUUAUCUUUGUUUGGCUUUUCAACACGCUCUUCAUUCCAAAAAUUAUCCUCUUUCCACACUAUGAAGAGGAGCAUAUAUCACUGGUUACACUACUGUGUAAGUCACAUUUCUCGCUAGUUCUUUUAUUUCACUCGGACUGAGUGUGCCACUGCAGUCAGUUAAAAACUUUUAAUUAUUAUCUGUUUGACUAAUUGGGUAAUUAGUUAAAAGCCAAUCAAAUGGACAUAUUACAGCAGUUAUAUCUAUCAUAUGCAGCUUUUUUUGAGGCUUCUGAAGGAAAGAGUCAAUUUCUUUUAAUAUCAUAUAUUAAGGAAUAAAAAAAGUUCCCAAUAACUGCAGAGGGGGGAGAUGGUGAUCAUAGCAAUAUUUUCAUUGACUUUCAUAAACAAAUCCACAGUUAUUGUAACUGUGUUCAGGUAGGCUAAUUUGAUACUUCCAUAGCUUUUUCCCAAUAUGUUCUGCAUCAACUUUGUGCACUGACUAUAUUCUCAAGACAGGAGGCAUAGAAACCGGUUUAACAGAUUGUAUGGAGAUACAAACGGGAGAAGAGAGAGAGAAGGGAGCUGGCAGUAGGUGAGCUUGUGCAGAACAGAUGGAGCAAAGAGAUAAGAGAGAAAGAAUAAUCUGGACGGAGAGAUGAAUAGCUUUAAAAGUAAAGAUCAGAUGCUAAAGUUGCAAUAAAUCCGGACAUAAAAGUUGUUGAGCUUUUUUCAUACGUCCACAUUAUUUUGCUAGACAUUUUGCCAAUAUCUGCCUGACUAUAGUAUUCCAGGAAUUUCUGGAUGCAUGGCAACCCUAACUAAAGGAAAGGGGUGAUUGAGAGCGCUCUCCUGGUAAUUCUGCCUGCAAACAAGUUUGGGAGUGCUUUCAAGAAUAUCAAUAGUUCACCCAAAACUUCUACAUUGUACUCUUUUGCACAUUUCCCCUUUCCUCUUCACAGCAACAGUGUUUUUUGAGUGUGUGUCUCCUGCUGUGCUCCAUCCACACAUGGGUAGUGUUUAUCCCUUCUGCUUUCCUCCCCAAAGAAGUAACUUUUAACCCUCUAAAGAUGUACCAAGUGGUACCAGGGAUGUAUGAUUUCACAAACAAGAUUAGGCUUGACUGGGGUGUUUUGAGAUUACUGAUCCUAGCAUGAUAGGUACAGGAAAUAUUGACUGACUCUCUGAGUAAUCGAUUUGCCAUUUCCCAUCAAUAAUAAUAAUAAUAAUAAUAAUAAUAAUAAUUUAUUAUUUGUACCCCGCCCAUCUGGCUGGGUUUCCCCAGCCACUCUGGGCGGCUUCCAUAGAAACAAAAAAUACAGUAAAAUAUCACAGAUUAAAAGCUUCCCUGAACAGGGCUGCCUUAAGAUGCCCUCUAAAUGUCAGGUAGUUAUUUAUUGCUUUGACAUCUGAUGGGAGGGCGUUCCACAGGGCGGGCGCCACUACCGAGAAGGCCCUCUGCCUGGUUCCCUGUAGCUUUGCUUCUCGCAAUGAGGGAACCGCCAGAAGGCCCUCGGCGCUGGACCUCAGCGUCCGGGCAGAACGAUGGGGGUGGAGACGCCACUUGUAUCUGUAAGAUCAUAUUUUAACAAAUAUUUAACAAGUAAAAGUCUAGCGGCUGUGUUAGUACCACUCUUAUUAUGGGCUGCAGUACCUCUGCAGCCCUUUAAUAUCUUGGAGUGGUUAUACCCUUAGUCUACUGAGCUGGGGAGCAAUAUGGGGAUAUAGGAGAGGAAGUUGGUAGCAUAGACCAGACUCUCUGCCAUCUGCCAUGCCCAUCAGUCUACUUAUUCAUAACCAGAAGUGCCACAAAUCCUUGCCGCUUCUGCCGUUUGUGCAGCAGGUCAGUCCACCUGUAGGUUAUUAUCUUUGCUGUGUGUUGCAGCAAGACAUAGUCUGUAUUCUCCCUAUAUUUUCUUUUGUUUCCAAAAAGUGGAGCAGUCUGCAUUUGAAGCUUCAGAGACAUGCAUGCAAUUCAUUUUCUUCAGUAAUUUGAGAAAAGCCCGUUAAAAUUUCCAUUAAGAAGACUGCCGUUAUAUUUUACAGGUUACUACCUAGUUGCAUUUUUCUGUGUUGUCUCAUUACUGAGAGCCUCAGUAGCUGAUCCAGGAAGACUACCUGAAAGCCCAAAGAUACCAGUUACAGGUACAGUUUUGGUUCGCCUUCCUUUAUGUUGCUGAUGUUGUUGUUAUUAAAAAAGGUGCAGUUUUGAAUGUAUUCCAACUAAAGGAGGUUCUGCCUAAGCAUCAGAAAAAAACUUUCUGACAGUAGGAGCUGUCAGAAUGGUCUCCCUCGGGAGGUGGUGUGCUCUCCUUCCUUGGAGGUUUUCAAGCAGAAGUUUGAUGGCCAUCUGUCAUGGAUGCUUUAGCUGAGAUUCCUGCAUUGCAGGGGGCUGGACUAGAUGACCCUUGGGAUCCCUUCCAAUUCUAUGAUUCUGUGAUUUCAGUCUGAGUUUUUGCCAGGGUUUGGGGGCAGAUAUUGCCUUGGUUACCCUUCGCAAGACAUGUGCUUUGAUUGACUCUCCUAGAUUUCUCAGCAGCUUCCAAUGUGUUCACCACAAUAUCCAUCCAGUUUUCGAGCUGCCAUCAUGGACUGAGAUCCGACAGUGCAUUGGUGUGGUUCUGCUUUAUCUUACAGCGAGGUUCCAGAACGCGGUGAAAGGAGAAUUAAAUGUUACCCAGCGGGUGUGAGCUUGUGAGGUUGCAUGCAACCAAGUUAUACUCAUAGCAAACCUGUUGAAAUUAAUGGCCCUAAGUUAGCCAUGUUAUUUUCAAUGGGUCUACUUUGAGUAGAACUUACAUCCAUGGUGGUUUGAGUCUGUAUUAUCUCCCCUGCUCUUUAAUAUCAACAUGAAACCACUUGAUGUGGUGUGUCAAGGAAUUUUGGUCACAGCGCUAUCAUUACGCUAAUGGCAUCAAGUUCUAUUGCUCCUUUCUGUCUCUACCAGGUGUGAUGGUGACAUUUAUUUAGCUGCGACAAUAUAAAAUACUUUGUGCCCUGCUAGUUUUUAAAUGAAAUAUUGGUCAUAGUUUUUGUAUCUUAUAUGCUGCUUAAACUACUUGGAGCUAAAAAGGGGUUAUAUAAUUGCUAGACUUGCUGUAGACAGGAGCAAAGUGUAUUAGUCAGUAAGCUACUAUGUAUUUCUCUUAGGGGUUUAGCAGAAGCAAAGAAAUGUUUUUGAAGUCACUGGUCUUGCAUCAGUACCACUAGAAAUUGUUCCAAGAAACUUUGCACCAACAUAUUUAAAUCUAUCAGAUUUGCUUUCUGAUAAAACAUAAUGUACUUCAUGACUUUUGCUUUCUGAAAUGCACAUUCCUUUGGAUUUUGUUGAAUUAAAAGCUUUAGGUACAUACAUACAUACAUACAUACAUACAUACCGGUACAUACAUCAUUUUACUUGUAUGCCACCUUUCCACAGUUUGAACCAUGCUCAAGGCAGCUGACAACUUGAGGAAAAAAAGCAUAACAACAACCUAACAAAAGUGGUCCUAAAUGGUAUACAAGACAUUGAAAAUACACAACCAAACUGAACAAACAAACAGCAAGAGCAACAAUCCCCUCCAACAAAACCUGACCGACUCCACAAACUUUGUUGCAAAAUAAAACUAAAGGAGCUUUGAUUAUUUUGUUAUUUUGUAUCUGUUAAUUUAGACUGUUUUGUACCAUUUCAGAGAUAAUUUUAUCUUUGUUUCUGUAUUACUGCACAAACUGGUAUGGUCAGAUUCAUUUCUUGCCUGUUUUAAAUCACAUUGGAAAACUUGCCUUCUGUUAAUGGUAACUCUCUUAUUAAAGAGUAACACCUUUGUGACAUUGGCUUUAUGGGAACAGAUUGAAAAUCAGUUUCCCAUCUGGCAUUAUUACUAGUUUAAUGAUCUUGAAUAUUGGGUUUCCAUACUGCCAAUGUGCAAAUGAUGUCAUUUUUCAACAAGAUGAGAAACAUGGCAGCUCUCCGACUUAAAAUUGAGCCUACAUAAAUAAAUAUAUAAAUGUUUCCGUAUAAGCAAAUUCAAUAAGAAAUGGUUGAAAAACCCUAUAAAAUAAUUCUAUAUAUGACGUGUAUUAGUGAGAAGCAUACAACCAUGUAAAUGUCACCUUGGCUAAUUCCAUUUCCAUUUCAGGGGUCACCUUUCCUUUUGUCAUCCUCAAAUAUGAAAAUCUAAUUAUGUCUCCUCUUCACUUAAAGCAAAUAAUCAAGCUUAUGAGUUGUAUCCUUCCAGAGAGGGAAGCCUUUGGAUGCAAAUCCCUUUUACCGCAAAUGCACCUUUCCAAAACUAAAUGCAUUAUCAGAAGCCAAAUUAAUUUUAAAAUAGCUGUACAUGUAGGUGCUAUUCAGAGAGUGUUAGGUGCACCUUAGUUAAUUUUAAAUAAAUGGGACUUACAGUUUGCAAUUCUGUUCUAGUGACCUAAUGUACACUAAGAACACCGUUUAGAGGCUAUUUUCAUUGUAGUCACUGCAUUAGUUUAAUGAAGGCAGGUAGUUUGAUCAUGGCAGGUGUCACUAUCCUUUUCACAAACCAGAGAAACUGUCAUAGGCACCUCUCAAACAAGCACCCACCACAGCAUAUUGCAUUGGACACAACAGAUUGCUUGAUGGGCCAUUGGUUUGACUCCGUAUAAGACAUCUUCUGAUGUUUGUAAAUUCUAUAGACUGCAUUACCUAAAAUUCUGUGGGCAUUCCAUUUUGCAUGAUGAAGAGUUCUGUGAAACUGAAAGCUUGUAUAUGCUUUGAUUAAAUUAAGGGGGGUGUUGUACUUUUCCUCUUUUGUAGCCAUCACAGUGGUCUUCUAAAACACCUGGUACGUUUUGGCUUAUCGGGAUGCAAACGAGGGACAUUUUUAUACGUUCCUUUCUUUUCCUGUAAAAUCAUCAACUACACUAAGACUUUAUGGGUCUUAAAGAAGCAAAAACAUAAUGGCAAUUCUGGGGAAGGGGAGAGUUUGUAAUAACCGACUCUGCAUUUUCUUUCUUUAGAAAGAGACUUUUGGGAAUUAUGUAAUAAAUGUAAUAUGAUGAGACCAAAGCGUUCCCACCACUGCAGUCGAUGUGGGCACUGUGUUAGGAAAAUGGAUCAUCAUUGCCCGUGGUAAGUUGAUUGCCUCGCCACAUCCUAAAUAGGCACACUGACUGCUAAUGUAAUCAUUGUUUGUCAUUGUUUCCCAAUAGCUGCAUAUUUCACAGUGAUGAUAUCACCAUAAACAUCAGCCCCCCCCCCAAAGUGACUUUAGGAUUCAAGGUGUAAAUGUUGGCUUUCAAAAUUAAGCUUUGGAAAUGGAUCAUUAAUACUAGAAUAUAAUUUUGUUUCAAAAUACCAUGCCAAGAUCCAUAUAAGCAUUUGCUCAUGCACUCAACCUUUACUCUUCUCCCUUUAUGAUAAACCAGCAACGAAACCCAGAUGUUUCCAGUUAACCAUGGCUUCCCAUUUCAUAGAGUCAUAGAAUUGUAUGGAAUCGCUUGUAGGGUUACAAGACGUUUUGUAAGAAGAAUCAUAUAAAUUACUGCAAAAGGCAUUAAGUAUGUGUUUAUUUAGGAUUUGGAUCUAUAGCAAUAAUUAUAGUAACAAAAUGCAGAAUUAGAAAUGAUUUUAGAAAACCAUUAGACAGGGUUGAAGGAAGUCUUAGGCUGUGAUAGCCAGAGAUUUGAUUUGAUGUUCAUGAGAUGUGAUACUGGAAGAUAUGUGUAAAAAACAAUAAAAAUAUUAUUAAAAAAAAGAAUUGUAGAGUUGGAAAGGACCACAAGCGUCAUCUAGUCCAACCCCCUGCAAUGCAGGAAUCUUUCCGCCCAUCGUGGGGCAUGAACCCACCACCCUGAGAUGCUCUACUGACCAAGCUAUAAUCUAAACAGGAAAACUAUGCUUACGAGCCAGGAUUUUGAAACAUGGCUUGAGGUUGAGUUAAGAUGGCAGGUUGUUCUGAGCCUGUUAAUCAUCGUUCACCGGUAGGGUAACUGUGGUUAAUUGGAGACUUCCAUGUUUAAUCACUGCAUGCUAUGAAAAGGAGGAGAGAAGAGAUUGCAAGAGCAGGCAAAAGGCUUGUUCAUAUCUUAUUGAGUCAAUAUAUGAUCAUCUAAACCCAUCUAAACCCGUGGUAUGGCUAUUUUCCACCUUCUCAUUUCGACUCUCUGGCACCCUAUCUGCAUAACCUAGCAAUUCUAAAAUAUAGAUGCGCCUUUACUCUCGGAAGAUUGAAUGUAUUGCCCUCGGCUGUACUUGAGGGACAAUUCCAACAGAUUCCACACGAAAAACGCUUAUGUCCCUGUGGAGAUGGCAGUACCAAAUCAGUGGUGCAUGCCCUUCUGGCCUGCACUCUUUAUAAAGACUUGAGGAAUGAGAUUAUCACCCCUCUUUUAUUGUACAUUCUGGGUCGCCCAACCACUGCCACAGUGUCCUUUCUCUUGGCAGAUCAGGAUGAGAAGGUGACAGCAAAGGUUGCAAGGUUUUUAGCUGGGGCAAUCAGAACAAGAUCCACUAUUGGACUAUUGAUUCAAAACCCUAAAAUGUAUUUUAUAUAAUUGACUUUUUAUUUCUAUUCUUUGUAUAUCGUAUUGUUGUUUUAUUGCUAUGGCCAAUGGCUGUCUCAAAUAAAGAUUCAUUCAUUCACUCAACCUGUCCUAUGUGGUGAUUCUAGUUAUAAAGGCAAAGCAAAAUUUAGUACAGAAUCUUCACCCCCUACUUUUAUACUAAGAAUGUUAGAUAAAGAGUGGAAGAAUGUGUCUCCCUCAAAUUCCCCUGUUUACCAAAAGCCACAUUGCCUUGGUGUGUAAAAAGCCAAGAUGACUAAUAGAAACGUACAGCUGAAGACUGUGGACAGAGAUAGAUGAGGAAUGAAAGUACAAAGAGAUAAGUGGUGAACAUUUUCCCUUCUGCCCUGUCCCCAACUGGUAGGUCAUUGGUUUGGCUUGAAAGGCUUAUUUCAUUGUUAAAAUUUAGAAAGCGACUAAUGCUCCAUUGUGUGUGUUUACACUUGUUUUCUGCAGGAUUAAUAACUGCGUUGGUGAAGAUAAUCACUGGCUGUUUUUGCAGCUGUGCUUCUACACAGAACUUCUCAGUUCUUAUACGCUGCUACUUGAUUUCUGCCACUGUUAUUACUUUGAACCACUAAAAAAAGUUAAUUGGGUAAGAAAAAAAUUAUGCUUGCAAGAUGUGGAUAAAUGUUAACAUAAUCACAGUUUAUCAUUCAUAGUUAACUGUAUGAUAAGGGUGUGUGUGUGUGUUUUACCUGUUCUUGCAUUCUAUGGUAGAGAUGUGAAUUUGGUUUGACAUAUGUAAAUGUAUGGAUUUCUUUCCAUCGAUCUAGCAAAUAGGAAAAUGAGGAGGGGCCAAACACCCGACAAUAGCUCUUACAAAACCAGCAAGUUGCUGCAAAAUGCAAAGGCUUUUGAAGGUAUCUAUAGCGAAUCUAUAGGGAGAAAAUAAAGCAAUGUGGACCCUUGACAUUGAUUCUAAGGCCUGACAAUUCUAAACUGCAUUUACACACAACAGUUUUGUUUAUUUAUAUAUAUAUAUUUAUAUAUGAUUAUUUAUAUGCAUUUCUGGUGCCACUCAGGGCACCUUACAGCUGUUCAAAACCACAAUACAAUGUUAAAAUACAAAAUGCACAAAAUGCACAACAAAUAAAAUACACAACAUUAGUGUUGGGCCAACUAUCACAUGUUAUGCAGGAAAUACAAUGGUUACAUGUACACCAAUGGUACACAUUGUUCUUUUCCAUACCAGCUUGGAGAUAUACUUGAGCACCUUUAAAUGCCUAGGUAACAUAACAUCAGGGCAUACCAAUGACCAAGCUCUCCAGAUGUGGCAACCUGGGUGUUUACACAGAUGUAAGCAAGUCUGGUUUUGGGGGGGAUGGGUUGGCAGAAUCUGAGUGUUAACACCUUCCUUCACAUAUGUAAUGUUCAUAGUGUCCUACCGAAUUAAGACCUCUUCAGGAGACAUGUACUUGCUCAGAGGCAUAUCAAGUAUUAAGAGCCAAAUGUUGAACCACCCUGAUGAAGGAUGUCAUAUACAUGAAGAACUAUGAGCGUAUAUUCUCCCAGGAACGUACAGUCUUUGGGGUUGUUAUAUUCCCCAGAUAAAAAGUGGUCUAGAAGUCAGACAUGCAGUGCUGGAUUUACGUUUAAGUUAAGCAAGCUAUAGCUUAGGGCCCCACUCUCUUGUGGGCCCCAAAAAAAUUUAAAGGAAAGAAAGCCCUGGAUGUACAUUUCUAAAAUAUAAGAUAAAAAACAAAUAAAAUUAAAAACAAAUAAAAUAAAACCUUCAUACAGCAACAGUGUUUUAAUAUACUUUUUCUUAAUUGUAUUUCAGUUCAACAAUUACUUUGAUAAAAUACAUAUUUUGUUAUGUGCAAAUGGCUUUAGAUACCUAUUAGGUCCAUAAAUUACCAUAUAGCAUAUAUUCAACACAGAAAACAGCGACAAUUUGUUGUUGACAAAGGACAGCUGGACACAUAAAGGGCCCCAUUACCUUCAGUAGCUUAGGGCCUCAUCAGACCUAAAUCUGGCCCUGCAGACAUGUAUUUUUACAGGACCUUGGGCUCUAGCAUAAAGGACCUCACGGAUAAGGAGCACAGUGUAGGCAUUGCCUACAAAAUCGAUAGAGAGGUGCAAUAUUAAAGAAUGGAAUAUAUCAGCUUUUGAAAACAAUUUUUUAUGUAUGAGGAAAAUGAUCAAGGGAGAAAUGUCAUCUUUUAGAGAUGGGAACACAGAUAAGGACCUCAGGAGAUUAAUGUGCUUUAUUAUCAUAGCUAUCAGCUUUUGGGCAAACUAGGAUUUUAAACCAACUUAAAACCAUGGUUUAAGAUCCUGACUGUUUCCAAAGCUAGUGGCCACACUUUUGCAGUUCAGAGUGUUGUGAAACUAUGGUUUAUUAGAUAUUUAUUGGUUUAAUCAUUGAUCGCACAAAGGGAGAAACAGAGGGUCUGCAUAUGUGGGCAAAACUCUUGUUGAUAUCUCAACUGAUAUCUUAAACUGAUUAUAGGUCCCAAAUUAUAGAUUUUGAUGUUUUGAGAGCCUCUUGCUUCCAAAAAAAAAAUCACGCCUUUGGCAUUCAGUGUUGUUUGCAUAUUGCAAAUGAUUUGGUUCAGAUGAUUUGAUAGCCGCAAUAAAAAAAAAAAAUCUGCAGAAUUGGUCGCUGAGUGAAAAAUAUAUGGGAAUUCAGCCAGAUCUGCAGCUUCAGAAAUGACAUGAGUGUACUAUUUGGCUCAUUUCUGACUGUGUAGCUGAGGAUUUGAUAUCCCCCAUAAAUGUGUGCCACCCAAUCACUCAUUCUGCUGUUUGACACUAAGGGACACAAACAGCAAGCAAAAUCCAUUUAAUUGUUCUAUAAAAACUACGUACAGUUUAAGACAAUAGCUUAGUACGGUCAACGUUUUGCAGUAGAAUAUGUCCACUGCAUUGAAUAGAUGUUUUUUGUGUCUUGUACGUUUUCUAAGAAUUUGAUCCAAAGCAACUGCACUGGCACAACUGCUUCUUGUGAAUGCUUAGCUUUUCCAUAAUGCUAAUGAUGACAGGAAGAUGCACAGGUACAAAGGUUGUCACAGAUCCACAUACUUACUGUAGGUUGUAGGAUCACACUGUUAAUGACUUAUCUGCCUUCUGCUCGUUUAAAAAAAAACCUGAAUGAAACUAGCAUUUAACUGUAUUGCAAUUUGUAAAACCUCACUUAAAUUAAAUCUAAGAUUAAGCAUUUAUUUUUAUCGACCCCAUCUUCUCUGACUGAUACCCAUAGGGCAUUUCAGUUCCUUAUACUUUUUUUAUCUUUUUAAGCUACUGAAUAAGAUUUAAUUUAAUGAAAGAGAUUGUUAUUUUCCUUUUUUAUAAUAAUUUUUAUUGAUUUUAACAUAUAAAUUAUAAAAUGUACCACAAAACAUAUCACUUAUACAAUCUUUUUAGACUUCCAUCAGCACCUCUGAUAAUCCACCGUUUCAUCCACUUCUUAUACAUUUCUUAACUUUAUAUUGUCUUUAAGUCUCUUAACAAAUUAUCCUUUACUUUAUCAAUUUCUGCAAUACUUCCAAUAAUACUCCUCACAGAACUUCUUGUAAACCUACAAACGUCAUCUGGUCUUCACAAAUACUUUUCAAAUAGUCCGUAAAUUUACUCCAGUCUUCCGUGAAUUUCUGGUUUCGAAUUCUUCCUGUUAAUUUAUCUAAUUCUGCAUAGUCCAUUAAUUUCAUCUGAAAGAGAUUGUUAUUUGCAUGAUCCACAGGAACCAUUUAUUUUUUUUGCAGGAUAAAAACUUAAGUAUUUAAAAACUGAAGUCCUUAAAAGUAUAAUAUGUAUUCUCUCAUUCGUUUAGUAGGCUGCAGAUAAUGUACUUUUUCCUCCAGUAGGAGGAGCAGUGUUACUACAAGAGCUAAAAAGGAACUGCACAAAUCUAUUAAGGGACUGUUGGUUUUUGUGUCCUGGCCACUGUCAGAAAGGAUAGCUUAUUUCGUAUCUGACAGGUAUAACUUUUCCCAGGGAGUGCUGUGCUUUCCAGAAAGUAUGAAAACAACAUCAUGUACUUGACCAGCUUACAGCAAGAGUGGCUAGCAUGGGUCUCCAUCUCUGUACAUUUUGUGUCUUGUUAAAUCUGCUGGAAUGAUAAUAUGCCAAGUGGCAUCAGACCUCCUCUACAGUGGAUCCUCUACAUUGUAGAAGAAGAGGAAAAAGAGUUUGGAUUUGAUAUCCCACUUUAUGACUACCUGAAGGAGUCUCGAAGCGGCUAACAAUCUCCUUUCCCUUCCUCCCCCACAACAAACACGCUGUGAGGUGAGUGGGGCUGAGAGACUUCAAAGAAGUGUGACUAGCCCAAGGUCACCCAGCAGCUGCAUGUGGAGGAGCAGAGAUGCGAACCCGGUUCCCCAGAUUACGAGUCUAUCGCUCUUAACCACUAUACCACACUGGGUUGUGCCCUGACACUGGCCAGUUGAAGCAACUUUUAACUGUGCAGAAAAGCAAGUUGCGCCUGCACUCUUUCCCAAAUAUUUUUUGGUGUAGAUCCAUAAGUUCAGCGGGAGAUGGCUUUGAUUUGGCACCAGCAGCACUGCAUGGAUGAGCAGGAAAGAACCUCUGAAAUCCUUGGACUCACACAGCCAAGAGGAGAGCUUCAGGAGAGUUUAGUGCAGAUCAGGGACCCAUGCUAACACUGGUUAGCCAAACAAGGCAACUUCCUGCCCCCUGGUUUGAAUCUGACUUGCUGAGAAACUGGCCAGAUCUGGUUGUAAACCACAGCGUCUGGUUUGUAGGUUAAGACAAGCAGUGUGGUCAUCCUGACUAUAUGGGAGGAAAAUACGUUGAUUUGGUUUGAGGAAGGAAAUCUCUAAUCCAGUGCUUCCUAACCUUUACAAAUACGAGGACCCCUUCUUAACUUCAGAAAAUUUCAUGAAUCUCCAUAUGCUACUUGUCAGGGCUGGUGGAAGCCAUAGUCCACACCAGGUCUACUCCUUUUCCAAAUCCAUUUAGACCAAUCAACUAGAUCAUGUGAAAACAUCAUGGGUGUGCACAUGAGUGUUGUUGUUUUUAAGCACCCUUCAAAGGGAAGUGUUCAAUCUGGGAUUUCAAGUGGUAACAGUUGAGAGCCCAUGACUAUGGUCAGCUUCUUGUAUUAUAUUUUAAGGACGUGUUGCAUGUUUUUGAAUCAUUCCUUGGGUUGAAUGUAGGUGAUUCCACCACCACCCUUUUUUGCAUGUUCACACGAGCAAACAUAUCUUGGAAUAUGUACAGCCAUAUGUUAGGGAAGAUACAUGAGUGCUUAUACUCCCUUGUGAUUGUAUCUAGGAUUUAGGGCAUGUUUCUUCUUGUUAAAUAUAUAAUAAAUUAAUGGUUCAUAUUGCAAUCCUUUUGGGUUAGGCUGUACUGAGGAAUCUAGAUGAUAUUUAUUUAUAAUCCACUUGUCUGCUUAAAAGUACUCAGACUGGGGUGUGUGGCAUCAUCACGGAGCUAUAUAGUACUAAUAGAAACGCAAGUGCAACGAUUUAUAAUGUGAUAUAGCCAAUGCUUAAAAAUCGAAACGGUAUGAAGAGUGUGCCUCCUGUUUUGACAAUGCAUGGGAGCUAAGGUGUGGCUUGUACUGCAAGAAAGCAGGAGCAGAGGUGGAUUUAGGGCAGAGGGACCAGUUCUAUGAUGUCACAACUAUGAUGUAGUAGAUUGAUCAGAAGGCAAGAGGCAGGGGAGUACAGAAUUUUGGCCUUGGAAAGGGUGCUGCUGAAAUUUGCAAAGUCUUCCUCUGGCAGGAGCAAGUGGUUCAAUAGGAGUGCAUUAUUCUUACUCAUAGUAGUAGUAGUGGUAGUGGUAUUUAUUAUUUAUUGAAUUCAUACACCGCCCUAUACCCGGGGGUCUCACAGCGGUUCACAGAAUAGUAGUAGUAGCAGCAGCAGCAGCAGCAGUAGUAUUGCCAGCCUACCUUCACCAGUAGGUCCCAGGUUUAGUUGCAACAAUUUAAAAUUCAGAAACAGUAAAGUCACAGGAAUAGGCUGAGUCCUGAAAAUACACACCUCAGAUGUCAAAGGCCAGGAGGUGUGCCUUCAUUAGUACUUCUGACAGUGUGUCAGUGUGACAGGGUGUUAAGACUCUGGUCUUAGCUUUGCAGUACAGAUAGUGACCAUUUUGGGUGGGGGUUCCAUUCCUGACCCCCGUGUGCAUUGGGUGGAACGUGCAUAACCCUGCCCCAUUUGGGGGCCACUUCUGAGUCGGCAGUGCCAAGCAUGCAUGUGAUCACUCGUCAAUUGGACCGGUGCAAAUCGGUCACUCCCUGUAUUCAGCCUGGGCAAAUGUAUUCUCACUGACUUGUACAGUGGUACCUCGGGUUAAGUACUUAAUUCGUUCCGGAGGUCUGUUCUUAACCUGAAACUGUUCUUAACUUUAAGCACCACUUUAGCUAAUGGGGCUUCCCACUGCCGCCGCACCACAGCCACGCAAUUUCUGUUCUUAUCCUGAAGCAAAGUUCUUAACCCGAGGUACUAUUUCCGGGUUAGCAGAGUCUGUAACCUGAAGCGUCUGUAACCUGGAGCAUCUGUAAACCGAGGUACCACUGUACUUUGCUGUGGCAGAUGAAGAGUAGUCAAGGUGGCCUGGUAUAUAUGACUGAUCUUGCCCUUAAGCUCUCAGUGAUGUGCCACUUUUGGCUUGCUCCAAUUUCUCUUUGUGGAAUACUGUUCAUCCAAAACUUUUCUUCUGCUAUUUGCUACUUAGUUUCCCUUUAAGCACAAAGCUGUUUGGUGUGCAUAAAUUUUUGCUCAUUCUCUGUAGGUGUCAGGGGGGUGAGUCAUUCAGUGAGAAUGAAUUGGGAAUAUAGAAUCUGGAAGUGUAGAGCAGGUUGUACUUAACUGACAUUCUGUAGCUUGAGAAGAGCUGUUUGACAGUGGAAUGGUCUCCCUCGGGAGGUGGUGGACUCCCCUUCCUUGGAGGUUUCUAAGCAGAGGUUGGAUGGCCAUCUGCCAUGGAUGCUUUAGCUGAGAUUCUUGCAUUGCAGGGGGUUGGACCUUGGGGUGGCUCUGUGGUCUAAACCACUGAGCCUCUUGGGCUUACCCAUCAGAAAGUUGGCGGUUUGAAUCCCCACAACGGGGUGAUCUCCCAUUGCUUUGUCCCAGCUCCUGCGAACCAAGCAGUUCGAAAGCAUGCCAGUGCAAGUAGAUAAAUAGAUACCGCUGCAGUGGGAAGGUAAACGGCAUUUCCGUGCGUUCUGGCUUCUGUCGCGGUGUGCCAUUGAAGUGAUUUUGCCAUGCUGGCCACAUGACUCGGAAAGCUGCCUGUGGACUAACACCUGCUCCCUUGGCCUGAAAGCCAGAUGAGCGCUGCAGCCCCAUAGUCACCUUUGACUGUACUUAACAAUCCAGGGGUCCUUUACCUUUACCUUACAACUCUACAACACUAUGAUUCUAUAAGUGCCUCUUCCGGUGCCUGAUUUUAACUGCAGCUUUUGGCCACAGUAGUUUUCUUAGAAAAUUUGUUUUCCAUCACCAGUCCACAAGCUAGUCAAGAUUUAUGCUCUUGAUGUGAGGGACAGUCUGUUCUCUGCAUUCUUAUAAACACAGCUCUCCAUUAUUCCAUAAGUUAAAAAAGCAUGAGUCUGUCUGCAUGGACCCUUUCAAAAGUGCAUGUUUAGUUCAUAUAGUUUAGUACACCUAGCUCAUGCAAAGAGUGAGAAAUACUCUCAGGUGAUCAUGCCCUACAUAUUGACAUGACCUUUGCUUGCACAGCUGUGUAUACUGGGCUUUGUAAAGCUACCAUUUCCUUUCCACACCAGUAGUACCUGACUGGCAAAUGUGGCUCUAGAAGGGCUUUGUAGGAAGAAAGAGAAAAUUGAAAUAGUAGAACAAUUUGAACCUGAAGAGGACAGAACCCUUUUUUUUUUAGCCCAUCCAUUUCUAACUUGCUAAUAGUUUGAUAUGCUGUAAAUUUUGUGGAACGAAUAUGAGAUCUGUUGUUUCAGAUUUGAGAUUGGGUGCCAAUUCAAAGACUUACUCUUGCAUUAAAAGGCCAAACUUUGUUAUCCUUCAUUGGUCUGUAUAUAUUUCAAAACUUUGAUGCUGAGUGAAACAGUAUGCAACAAAAAAAAGUAAAUUUCACUUUAAUUGUAUUUCUUAUAUGCAAAAGACAGCUAAAAAUGGUUUCUAUUUUUCUUUAUUUACAGGAUAUAUUUGUAUUUAGACAUGAACUUGCCCUGAUAAGAAUAUCUACCUUCAUGGGUUUAAUAAUGCUGAUUGGAAUUACGGGACUCUUUUAUACUCAGUUGACUGGUAUAUUCAAUGUAAGUAUUUUAUUCUUUCCUUCAGAAUAACAUUUUCCCCCUGUGCAUGUUGUUGUCUAAGUGCUUAAAAGUAUGCUAAGCUGUAUCUUGAAUAAAAACAAGUAAUUCUUUACCAGACACAAUCUAUAAUGCAAAAUAUCAACAAAUAUAAGAACUUGAGGUACACUCAAAACACAACCAGACAAGAUCAUCGGAGAUUUGCAACUGGGUUUUUCUUUUUCUUUUUUCCAUAGGGCAAAUGGAGCCACAGAGUGGGAUAGUGGAGAUGAUUUGGAUCAGAAUUGUAGCAAUGGGGAGUUGGGGGAAAUUAUAGUGUGGGGACGGUGGGCAGUUUCAGCCAGGAAAGUGGUAUGAAGACAAUUGGCUUAUGCCCUUCUGCAGUGACACAAGCCUGGUAUAUAAAAUUGGCAUUUUUAUUAUUUUAUUUUAUUUUAUAUUUUAUUUUAUUUAUACCCUCCCUAUCUGGCUGGGUUGCCCCAGCCACUCUAGGCGGCUUCCAACACACACACACACACACACACACACACACACACACAAAUUAAACAUCAAACAUUAAUAGUAACAAUCAGAUCCUAGAUAAAAAGUCACAACAACUUUAAAAAAAACAACUUUUACCAAAUAAAACAAUAUGCAAUAAUGCAUUAGAAUCCAAUAGUAAACAGAUGUGUGUGCAUCUGCCGCUAAAAUGGAACUCAACAAAUUUAAGCCGGGAUCUCCCUUCAUCUCAUUUAAUUGUCCUAUCAGUUCUCACUCAAAUAGUCGUGAAAGUAAAAUAAAAAUGGUAAUUGUGUGAUUUUUAAUGUUUGCAUAAGAAAUGGGAAAGCUGCUCUUAAAAAAAAAUGUAGAAGAAAAAAUAACUGGGGCCUAAAAUAUUAUUAUUUAUCGAAUUUAUAUAUCACCUUAUACCCAGCGAUUUCAGGGCAGUUUACGGAAUAAAAUCAAGAUAUAAAACCACAAUAUAUAUAAUAAAAAUAAAAACAAUAACCCAAUAGCUGCCCCCCCCCAAAAAAACAUAGAAUGUAAGGGCAUAGAAUGUAAAUCAGACUAACCAAAGGCCUGGUUUAAAAGGAACAUUUUUGCCUGGUGCCUAAAGGUGUGUAAUGAAGGCACCAGGCCAACUUCCCUGGGGAGAGCAUUCCACAGAUGGGGAGCCACUGCAGAGAACAUGGGGUGGGAGAACAUCCUGGGAAAGGGAAGACUGAUGGAAAGUAUCGAGGAAUGGAACUAGAAAGGAGCAUGACUGCAAGGAAUAGUUUAAGGUGAGAACAGGGAGAUAAAGAGUAGCAAAGUCUAGAAUCAGUGGAAGAAAACCUUAUUGUGAGGAGAUGUCAUAACUGUUGUGACACAGGCGUUAAACCAACGUUACAUUUCGAACAAAAAUUAAAGCUGGGAAAAAUAGUAAUAUAUAUAUUGCAAUGAUCCAAAUGGGGAAUGGCCUGAUCCACAUGUCACACUAAGCCAACAUGUGUUCCAGGAGAGGAGAUCUAUACUACUUUUCUCCAUCCUGGUCUUUCUGCUGCUAAGCUCGGCCAGUGACUUGGCUUAGUGCAGGCAUAGGCAAACUUGGCCCUCCAGAUGUUUUGGGACUACACCUCCCAUCAUCCAUGACCACUGGUCCUGAUAGCUAGGGAUGAUGGGAGUUGUAGUCCCAAAACAUCUGGAGGGCCGAGUUUGCCUAUGCCUGGCUCAGUGUGUCUUCUGAACAACAGGCGCAUGGUUUUAGCUCUCUUGGGUCUUGGCAUGAGCUGUGUAAACCAGAGGACAAAAUUGUAUACAGCUUGUGGUAAGGCUGGAUAGAGAGAUAAACCACAAGCUUGCAUUUGGACAACGUGCUAAGCAAAGUCACAGCUUAGCACAGUGCAGCAGCAGAAAGAUUUGGGAGGAGCAAAAGUGACUGCAGUCUCCUCCGGAGUAGCCUUUGCAGUAAGCCAUGGUUUGCUUUAGAACAACUAGCUGACUUGUUUGCUUUGCACUAAGCCAUGAUUAGCAUGACAAGCCUCCUAUUUUGAGGAGCUGGACCAAUGCCCUGGUAGGACAACAGGAAAUAGACUUAUUUGUCUUAGAUUUCACACAGAGAGAUUUUGGAAUAGAAUGGUACUGAAAGAAUUACACAUAGGUGUCAAAGGUGACACGAAGACUCAGUAUUUUGUUGAAAAAAUGGAAAUACUUGAUUUAACAUAUAAAAAAAAUGAUAUUUAAACAUAAUAGGAAUAUGUCUUAGGAAAACUCCAAAUCCAUGCUCCUAUUAUCCAUGUCCCGAAAAGAUUUUGGAAACUAAUAUCAACCAAAGUGCAUGGGUUGCUAUAUGGGAAUUUUGAUGCAUUCCCAAGACCCAAUGACUGCCUUAUGGUUCCCGUCCUUUUAUUUUCAUGCUUGUUUUGUUGGUUUGGUUAGAUCCCUUGAUCUGUAUCUGGCAAACCUCAUCCAGGUGGGUCAGUGAGAAACUUUCAAAUGGAGUACAUUUGCUUCUGAUUUUAGGCAUUCACGGCUGGUGAAAUAAUUUCCUAGUAUGCUAACUUUCAGUUCUUGUUCUAAGCUCAUCAGUAUAUGUUACCAUCAUUCAUCUGUGUUGAAUUAUUGUUUUGUAUGAAUAUGUACAUGCAUCCAUCAUGUCAUUAAUUACUGACACACCUUCUAGUAACUUGAAUUAAGUGAGUGAUAAUUUAGAAUGGUAAACAUGUACUAUAUUAUGCAAUCACAGAAUGUGAGUUGUGCAAGAUAACAUUUUUCUUUCAGGUGACUGGAAUUUAGGGUAAUGUUCUUGCUGUUUGAUUUGCCAGUGGUUUGCAAACAGAAUGUUUUCUUACCAAACUCUCGGUCUUGAUUUGGACACACCACUUGUCUGGAGCAUUUUGCCAUUUCUCCGUGUGUACAAAUGGAAAAUCCAGCUUCCCAGUGGCUGCUGGAAGGUAACAGGAUAAUCACUUAAGCAGUGAUCCUCUGAUGUCAUUGUGGGAGGCCAGUAAAAGCGGAUUAUCUGUGACCCAGAUAAAAUAAUUAGAAAUUACUUGGACACUUACAAAUAACUGAUCUACUAAUCUCAUUUCCAAAGUUAAAAAAGGUCUGUCUCUCAACAUAACACUACCAGAUGUUUCAGUUGAACUGCAUCCUUUGAAGAGACUAAUCUGAAGCCUAAUUUUAAGGAUUACCUUUGAUUGUUUUUUAUUUAAAAUUCUAAACAGGAUGCAUUUUCAUUUUUCCAUAUGCUCUUGCAAAUGAUUAAUAGAGUUAAAGGAUUUUUAUAAAUAAAUUUAGCUCAUACCCCGACAUAUUAUUCAGUGAAAGACACAAACAUAAAUAUGUCAUUAUGCAGGUGACAUAUUUUGCUUUUUGUACUGUUUACAAUGUAAUUUUCAUUUCUCCAUCUGCUAAAAAAAAAAAUCCGAAUACAUUCUCAUAGUUUUGUUUAAUAGGUAUUUUGCUGUACCCUCAACUGAUUGUGCACUGACAUUAGUAAUUUGAUUAAUGCUGCCAGGGCUCCUUGUUAAUUAAUUGUUUUAACUGUAUAUGAUAAUGUGAUGGCACCAUUGGAACAUAAAUACUGAACAGUUGGGUGGGAAGAUAGAAAAGUUCACUUUAUAAUGGCUUGAGAAGGAAAAUAAUAACAGUUAGUGGAUGUAGAGGGCUCGUAUUUAUAUUGUGCAUUGGUUAUUUUUGUACAUUAUUGCUUGCAUUUGACACAGUGCUAUAUAUCAUCUCCUUUUUUAAUUUUGCAUUGUUAAUUUACACUUGCCUUAAAGCAAAAUUGGUUAACAAUUGUAGGGCUCUUUUUCAAAUGCUCAGGCUGAAAUAAAACAUGAUACAUUAUCUGAAUGUAACUCUCCUACAUGUUGCAUAUUCCAGUUUGCUGCUCCAGUGUCUGUUACCUACAGAUACAGAUUACCAUAUAUUUAAAUAAUAUACUGUAUAUAACUUAUUUAAAUUUUUGGAAAACCAUAGGUAGGGAUGUGGCUGUGUGGAAGAAGCAAAGCCACUAUACAUUAGAUAGGUUAGUAACCAUCAAAACCUUGUGACGCAAUUGGGGUGCCCAAACAGCCACUGCAACAUUAACAAAAGAAAAUAAAUAUUUACAUAUUGUAGCAACCCCUCCAGAAUUCAACAUUCUUUGUUACAUAUGCCUUCCUCUGGAGGGGUAUGUGAAGAACACCGUUUGGAAAGCUACCAUAUGGCUAAUGAAAUCAAACACAUAGUCGCUUUCAUGGAGAAGGGUGACUAGGUUAUAUAUAUAUAUAUAUAUAUAUAUAUAAAUUUUCAAUACAAUAUACAUAUAAUACCAUAUAAAAGGCUUAUCACAAAUUAUAUAUUAUGGAGUUCAUUCAGCUUAUCUGCCAAUCAUCCGUAAUUAAAUUUUAGUUACGCAUUUCCUAGAUUUAAUACUGCCUUUUUAUAUGCCUUCCUAAUCUUAUUUUCUUUUUUACAAUACUCUUCAACUUUUCACAGAGCUUUUUGAAAUCCCAUGAACGUUGUUUGUUCAUCACAUAUAUUUUUCAGAUAUUCUACAAAUUUUCCCCAGUCCUCGAUGAACUUAUGGUCUCGUUGAUAUCUAAUCUUAAUUUGUCUAGUUCUGCAUAGUCCAUCAUUUUCAUUCUCCAUUCUUCCAGGGUCGGUAGUUCCUCCUGUUUCCAUCUUUGGGCCAUUAAUAUUCUCGCCGCUGUAACUGCAUAUUGGAAAAGUUUACAGUCCUUUCUAUUUAUUUCGGGUGACUCUAGGUUUUGGGUUCAACUGGAGUCUAUCUUUCUAAGGAGGGCUCCACAUAUAGAAUCAUAGAAUUGCGGAGUAGUAAGGGACAACAAGGGUCUUCUAGUCCAACCCUUGCAAUGGGGCUUGAACCCAUGAACCAUGCUCUACUGACGUAGCCAGCAAGGAAGGUCAUAUGUGUGUUCCUUUUGGAAACACAGAUUCAAGUCCUUGGAUUGGAUAGCAAAACAUUUAAUACUGACCAUUUUCAAAGGUUGUAAAAUUUGGACUGGAAUACUUAUUCUCACUCUGUCACCUUUAAUUUCUAUAGCAUAAAGGUAAAGGGACCCCUGACACUGCCGACCUUCUGACCGGCAAGCCCUAGGCUCUGUGGUUUAGACCAUAGUGAAACCCGAGCAGCGCACGGAAAUGCAUUUGCCUUCCCGCUUGGAGCGGUACAUAUUUAUCUAUUUGCACUAUGUGCUUUUGAACUGCUAGGUUGGCAGGAGCAGGGACUGAGCAAUGGGAGCUCACCCCAUCGCGGGGAUUCAAACCGCCAACCUUUUGAUCGGCAAGCCCUAGGCUCUGUGGUUUAAUCCACAGCACCACCCGUGUCCCUGUAGCAUAUCGCCCUGCUAAAUCUGGGGAGUUUACUUCUGUGCUCCAAAUAUAUUUAUAGGCUUCACUUGAUGCUCCAAAGGUCUUUACAGACUUUGGGAUUUCUGCAAGCGUAGUAGAUUGCUCACUGUUGAUACAUUGAAAAGAAUAUAGGACAUAGUUUCUUCUACUUGGUUGUUCUGGGCUCAAGUACAUUAAUUUACAUCCAAGCCAGCAAUAAAGUAGGCUGCUACCAGACAAUUAACACAGUUUGAAAAAGAAAUCCUGGAUUACGCUGGGAUAACUAGGGGUCUGGCUUUCAGCAUUUAUAGCUGGGUCUAGGAAUCAGUGACAGGCCCUAAAGAUUUCACAAGACCUAUGUGAGGAAAGGAAUGGGAUAUUACGUUUGAAAUAGAGAACCGGAACUGGAGGUGGUACAAACAACAUUAUAAAAAUAUAAAGUGAAAGAGCAGUCCAUAAAUUUGUUAUACAAGGAAAUUGUCCCUAAUGUGCCCUGGAAUGUCUCCUGCAUGUUGACAGGGCUGGUAAUAGACUGGGAUGUAGAUAUGCAUGUAUUGGGCAUUUCCUGAUUUCACACUUUUUGGAUACUGAUGUUUCAGGAAGCCAGCUCUGUUACAGGUCAGUAGACCCACCCUUCUCCGCAAUUGAUGCUCAUGCACACAUAAACACACGCCUUGAUUCAGACUUGAAUAAUAGACACUGAAUCCACUAACAGCAGGCACAAGGUCUGUGAUAGUGUGUAAUGGGGGGAAAUCAAGGAGUGAAUGUAGAUCAGUGAUACCAAAGGGUACGGCAGAUAGCGAAAAGCUAACAGAAAAGAUAAAAGUUGCCUUUGGGCAGAAAAGAACACUUUUGAAUCAGUUUGCUAUAUUUUUAUUAACUUAGUUAGCAAAGCAUUGACAAUCUCCACCACCAGCAUGCACCCAACUCUGGACACAGUGAGUUGGUUUUUGAGGUCUGCUCUGGAAAGAAAAGAGCAGAUUGUGACUGGAACUUUAUGUCCUUUUUUCAGAGGCACUUAGCCUUCGGUAUGGACAAAUUUACCUUGGCCUUCCAAUUUGUCAGGGAAAUGUGCUUUGUUUAAUGAUCUACACUGAUGGAAAGGGGUUAAAUAAACUUUGUUAAAAUUAUACAUGCUCAGGGCUGUCUUAGUAAAUGCUGCGCCGGGGUGCAGAGAUCCGCCCGGUGCCCCCCCCCGGAUGCCCAGUCUCAGGCAUGCAGGAGGGCGGAGCCAGCUGGCUGCCUCAGCGUCUCGCUGGCUCAGUUGCCCCCAAACUCACGGCUCAGAGCCACUUGCAGGAGAAGAGCCCGCCACAGCACUCUGACUGAUGGGCAGGCUUCCCUGGACUCAACUCUUGGGCCCCGGACUCUCAGCCUGGCAUACCUGAGAGCCUGGCGCCCUGGGUGCCCUGCACCCAGGGCGCCUAUGGGUAAGACGGCCCUGUACAUGCUUAAAAUUUUAGCUAUAUAUAUAUUUCUAUAUCUAUCUCCUGGUAUGUCCCACAGAGACAUACCCUCUCCUGGUAUGUCCCACAGAGGAACUUAUGGUCUUCAAACAAAAACAUCCUGAAGGUCCCAGGCCACAGAGAGGUUAGGCUGGCCUCAACUAGAGCCAGCGGUUUUUUGGCUGUGGCUCCAAUCUGGUGGAACGCUCUGUCACAAGAGAUUAGGGCCCUGCGGGACUUGACAUCUUUCCGCAGGGCCUGCAAGACAGAGCUGUUCCACCAGGCCUUUGGUCAGGGCACAGCCUGACUUCCUCCUUUGGCAAUCUUCACAGAACUUUAGUCUAAUGGUUGUCAUCAAUUUGAUUUGAAUUAAUUUUAUAAUAAAAUGAUUUUAGAAUGUUGUACUAUUUUAUUGUUGUUAGCCGCCCUGAGCCCGGCUUUGGCUGGGGAGAGCGGGAUGUAGAUAAAAUUUAUUAUUAUUAUUAUUAUUAUUAUUAUUAUUAUUAUUAUCAUCAUCAUCAUCUAUCAUCUAUCUAUCUAUCUAUCAUCUAUCUAUCUAUCUAUCUAUCUAUCUCUAUCCAUCAUCUAUCUAUCUAUCUAUGCUAAUAUACAUGGAACAUUUACUAAACUGCUCUUGCACAACUUGCGUCCCCUUCAAAUUUGCAAAGGAUUCUGUCCUGUGUACCAAAUGGCGAACCAUUUACAUUUUUGUUCUUUGCAGUAUUUAUCUCAUUGCCCACACCCAUUUCAGUGAAUGACGGCGGUGAACGAUGACCUGGUGCUUUCAUUGUAAUCAGCAGGACUACCUCCGCACAGAGGAGCUUGGUGUGGAUUGUAGUGUUUACUUUUAGGGCAACUGGGAACUUCUACUCCAGCUACAAUCAUAAAACAAGUUACACAUAUAGUAUUACUGGAAGGUGUGGUUUCAAAACUUCUGCUUAAGUAAAGGUAAAGGUACCCCUGCCCAUACGGGCCAGUCUUGCCAGACUCUAGGGUUGUGUGCUCAUCUCACUCUAUAGGCCGGGAGCCAGCGCUGUCCACAGACACUUCCGGGUCACGUAGCUAGCGUGACAAGCUGCAUCUGGCGAGCCAGCGCAGCACACGGAAUGCCGUUUAACUUCCCGCUGGUAAGCGGUCCCUAUUUAUCUACUUGCACCCGGGGGUGCUUUCGAACUGCUAGGUUGGCAGGCGCUGGGACCGAACGACGGGAGCGCACCCUGCCGCGGGGAUUCGAACCGCCGACCAUGCGAUCGGCAAGCCCUAGGCACUGCGGUUUUACCCACAGCGCCACCCGCGUCCCACCCGUGUCCCUACUGCUUAAGUAGCCUUUUCCUAAAAAAACUCUUGCUAGAUGCCUAAUUGAUUAUUAUCAUAAUUGUUGCUAUUUACUAAAUCACAAGGCCGUCUGCAAUAUAAAAACUCAAAAAUAUGUACCACAGUUACAAACAAAAGGAAUACCUCUCUCACUGUUUGUUUAAUUAGUCAAAGGCCUGACAAAAGAGGAAUGUUUUUGUCCGGCACCUGAAGAUAUGAAACAAAGGCACCAGGCAAAUAUAAAUUACGAAUACAAAAAUUGUCCUUAGAAUAUUAAAAAUUGUAUCAUGUUUGGCUCAGUAAAAUUUCUUUAAAGGAAAGAUUGUGAAGAACAACUAUUUAACAUAAAACAAGUGACUUAUCUGUAAUUGGAAAUAAUAUUCUGAUCCCUGUUACAUACAGUGUUGAUUUCUUGGUCUGUAAUAGAUAGCAGACAUUUUCAUAUAACAACAUCAGGCCAGAGCCUGGAACAGCCAUAUUGUAAAAUACUUAUUUAUGGAGAUGAAAAGCAUCUUAUUAUAAUUAAGCAAAAUAUUUUAAUCAUAUGCUCAAUCUGAUAAUCUAUUAAAUACUGUUUUGAUUAGUUUAAUAAUUAGGGCUUUACUUGUUUUUUCAAACAUGCUAGAAAUGUAAUCAAAGGCAGUAUUAAUCCUUAUAAUUAAGUUUUAGUAGAGCAACAAUCAGGAUCAGGGUAGGAUGUCGCAUUCUUCUAAGACAAUAAUGGUCUACGUCUACAUAUACUGAAAUAUAAAAUAAUUAAGUCAUGUAUGAUUUGCCCUAUAUUUUUCUUCGUCGUGGAAUUAUAAGGCCUUUUUUAUCCUAUUAGCUUUCUCAGCCUACUCUUGUUUGGCUCUUUUGAAUUAGUUGAUGUCAGAGCUGCUUCCAGAUCCUAGCUCACAGAGGAUCACGCUAGCCAGCGAUCAUUAAACAAAAGUCUUUAUUGAGUUACAGUUUCCAUUCUCAAACUGCUGCGUGCAACUCUACGUCUCAUGGUUAGACCGGCGAAGCUCCGUCUGAGUCUCCCCCCCUUGUACACCAACUUAAUAUCCUAGCCCUGCUCCACCUUUUCCGCCUGACUAUUCUUCUCUGGGUCCCUCUGCCCCCUGGGGUCUCUUCUUUCCGGGAUUCCUCUGACGCUGACGCUGACGCUGACCCCCCUGACUCUUCUCCCUCCUUUCGGCGGGCUUUAGGACCUGGCUCCCUUUCCGGGCUGCCUACUGUGCCACCUUCCUGUGCAUUUGAACUUGGGCGCGCGCGCCAACCUUCCACCUUCCGUCUGACCGUUUCUUCGCUCCCCGAUGGAGGUGUGGCCACUCCUGACUCGUGCCCUCCCCCCUGUUGUGAGCUGCCAGCGCUUGAUCGCUGGCUCCCUUCCUCUUCCCUGCUCUCUGGCGGUGACGCUGGUCCCGAUUUCCAACUGCUCCCCUCUGAGUCCCCUCUGGCUCUAUCUUCCUGGGGCGUCCCCUAGGCUCCCCCUUGCCCUGGCCACUGGUGCUCCUUUCUGUGAAUCUUCUGAUUCACUGGAAAGACUCGGAGAUCUCGGGUCGUCGUCAUCACUCCCCUUUUCUUCUGCCUCCUCCCCUCGCUCUCUGUUUCCUCCCUUGCCCUUGCCUCUGCUCCUGAACCCCUGACAUCCCUCCCCCUCGAAGCCCCCUCUUCCCCCUCCCCUCCUUCCGGUGCGGGAUCUGGGUGCUGCCGUGUCAGGGGACGAAUGUCGGAUACAGUUCGCUUCCCGUGGCGGGCCGCCAUCUGAAGUCUUCCGGUUCUUCCUCCCUGCUCUCGUUGACGACGGUCACCUCCGCUUCCAUCUCUGUGCCGCCGUGCUCGAAACCCGGGUCGUCCCCGAAACGUCCAUGUCCGUCUCCCCCUCGUUACCUUCUGGAGACGUUGCUCGUCCUGGACCCUCCAGCCACCUUCUGCGGAACUGCUCCUCUGGUCGAUCAUCCCACCAAUACGAGGGUUCUGAAGCAGAUCCCGAGGGCGACCCCUCCGGGGAACGGGCGUCUCGUGUCGGUUCCUCGUCCGAGUCGAACCCCCGGAACGUGCUGGCUGAAAGCGUGGGCGUGAAAAGCCAGUCGUCAAAAAAGUCUGCUGGCAUUGGCCUAUGUGGGAAGAGGGCAUGAAACUCUUCUUUGAGCAGAGGUUCGUCUAAAGCGUAGCCCGGCACCCAGCUGUUGGCACUGGCCGGGGUGUCCUCCUUGGCUAGAAGGUAUUCUACCCCCUCUUCCCCCCAUCUGGAGUCCAAAAUCUCCGUGGCUUCGUUGAUGCUCUCCUCCCGUGCCACUCCCCGUUGCCCGGUUCUCUCUCGGAGCGGACCCGGUGCCGUUCCUGGUUCCUGAAACCUGUGAGGUGCCUUGUAUGGAGUGAGCACCGAUCUGUGGAACACCGGAUGCAUCCUGGAACCCUCCGGAAGAGCCAGCCUGAAAGCCACCGGGUUGACCUGUUCUUCGACUUGGUAGGGCCCCAGUUGUUUAUGCCCUAGUUUCUUCUUCGCCAACGACCUGGCCGGCACUGCGUGGGCUGCUAACCAGACCCAGUCUCCCACAUGGAUCUCUUCGCCAACCCUUCUGUGUUUGUCCGCUUGUACCUUGUAUGCGUGUUUAGCCAGCUCCAGGUGCCGCCGCAGCUGAUCGUGGACCUCCUGCAACUCCGACGCGAAUGCAUCUGCUGUCUGCGGCUCCCCUCCCCCAUUCUUUCCAGUCCCGGGAAGGUUCUGGGGUGCCUCCCGUUGUUGGCGAAGAACGGCGUGACCCCGUGGACACGUGCUUCGUGUUGUUGUAGGCGAACUCGGCGAGAGGCAGGUAAUCCACCCACGUCGCAGGCUGUUGAUUCGCAUAACAUCUCAGGUACUGCUGCAUGAUGGCAUUGACCCGCUCCGCUUGCCCAUUGGUCUGCGGGUGUCUAGCCGACGCCAGGUUGAUCUUGACGUUCAGGAAGCCCAUCAGCCUCUGCCAGAAGUUCGAGAUGAACUGUCGCCCUCGGUCGGACAGAAUAGACCGCGGCAGACCGUGAACCUUGAACACGUGGUCUAUGAACAGUUUGGCUGUUUGUUCCGCCGUGGCCACCUUCGCACACGGAAUGAAAUGUGCCAUCUUGGAGAACAAGUCCACCACCACCAGCACAGCCGUCUUGCCCCUCGAGCUGGGCAGAUCCGUGACAAAGUCCAGGGCCACUCUCUCCCAUGGUUCGAACGGAGUUUGCAGCGGUUCCAGCAAUCCGGCCGGCGGUCUGUGCACUGGUUUGGCCCUCUGGCAGGUGUCACACCUCGCCACGUAGUCCGCGACUUCCCUCUCAUUCCUGGCCACCAGAAGUCUCUGGCUACUAAUUCCACCGUCUUCUCCUUGCCAAAGUGCCCGGCAGUGGGCGCGUCGUGCAGCUGCUGCAGUACCUUGGCGCGAAGUUCGUCUCCCGGCACGUAGAUGGCCCCUUUACGGAUGAGCAAACCAUCUCGCAGCUGGAACUCGUCGGUCGCUGCCGUGCCCCUGUGCGCCUCUGCCAUCUUUGCUUGCGCGAAGGAGUCAUCCUGCAACGCUCGUCGCACCGCCUCCAGGUCAACUGUUGCCGCCGUGCACGCCCACACUGUCGGUGCGAAGAUGUGCAUGGCGGCCGCUGGCGUUGCCUCCUCCAGAUACUGCGGCUUACGGGAGAGAGCAUCCGCCAUGAUGUUGGUGUCCCCGGGACAUACUCUAUUCGGAAGUCGAAAUUCGCAAAGAACUCAGCCCAACGUAUCUGCCUCUGGUUCAGGAACUGUGCCGUGCGCCAGUGCUCUAGAUUCUUGUGGUCCGUGCAGACCUGCACCGUGUGCUUGGCGCCGAUCAGGAAGUGCCUCCACGCUUUGAACGCUGCAUGAAUGGCCAGCAACUCCCUGUCCCAGAUGGUGUAGUUCUGUUCGGACUUGCUGAGCUUCCUUGAGUAAAACGCUCCCGGCCUCCAAACCCCCUGCGGGUCCUUCUGCAGCAGGACUGCUCCCACGGCUCUGUCCGAGCGUCUGUCUCCACCCUCAUCGGCCUGCUGGGGUUGACAUGAAGCAGUUGCUCUUCCGACGCGAAGAGACGCUUGAGUGCCUGAAAGGACUGCUCCGCCUGCUCUGUCCAGAUGAACUUCUUUUCUUGGAGCUGAGCGUGUCCGUGAUGGCCGCUGUCUGCAUGGCAAAGCCUUUGAUAAACUUGCGAUAGAAGUUCGCAAAGCCGACAAACCGUUGGACCUCCUUCCGGUUGCGUGGGCUUUUCCAAUCCAACACUGCUCGGACCUUGGCGCUGUCCAUGGCGAGCCCUUUAUCAGACAACUUGUAGCCCAGGAAAUCCACCUCCGUCACGUCGAAUUGGCACUUCUCCAGCUUGGCGUAAAGCCUAUGUUGCUGUAGCCUGCUCAGCACUUCCUUGACGUGUCUGUCAUGCUCCUGCUGCGAUUCCGAAAAGAUCAGGAUGUCAUCCAAGAAACAGACGCACGUCUUGUAGAGGAGCCCCGCCAACACGUGAUGCAUGAAAGCUUGAAAACGUGGGAACCAUUUUGCAAUCCAAAAGGCAUAACUCUAUAUUCGUAGGUGCCCAGGGGCGUGAACAUGGCUGUCUUCCACUCAUCUCCUUCCCGCAUGCGAAUGAGGUUGUACGCCCCUCGCAGGUCCAACUUAGUGAACACGCUGCCCUUCCGUACCUUUGCGAGGAGGUCGUCGAUUCGGGGCAUGGGGAAGUCCGAUGGCUUGGUCACGCUGUUCAAAAUGCGAUAGUCCACUACAAGUCUUUUCUGGGGCGUGUCCCGCUUCUUAACAAAGAAUACCGGACUGCCCCCGCUGCCUUGGACUCUCGGAUGAAACCGCGCUCCAAAUUAUGAUCUAUGAACUCUUUGAGUUCCUGCAGUUCGUCCUCAGACAUGGAAUACAGCUUCCCUUUGGGCAGCGCCGCCCCCGGCAGCAGGUCAAUUUUGCAGUCAUAUGGUCUGUGGGGGUAGCCUGUCUGCCUCCUUCUCGCAGAAAACCUCCAAAAAUUCUGCGUACUUGUGGGGAACCGCUUGCAGCGUGCCUAGCUGCAGCUGUGACUCCUCUUCCUCUCCUUCCUGCCGGGGCACGAUGCAGUGUUCAGCGCAAAAGGAAGAGCCGAAGGUCAGCUGCCUCUGGUACCAAGCCAGCGUCGGGCUGUGCUUGUCCAGCCAACUCAUGCCCAAUACAAUGGGCGUGUCCGAUAGUUGAGUGACAUUGAAGCUGAUGAUUUCCCUGUGAUUCCCAAGCCGCAUCACCAUUGGUGGCGUCUGCUUCACCACUUGCCCCCCUAGCAGCUCCCUGCCAUCCACCGUGACAACCUGCAGGGGCAGCGUGGCAGGCAGCAACUGUAUAGCGUGCCGGUCAACAAAGUCCUGCCCUAUAAAGUCCGCAUUGCUUCCGGAGUCAAUGGUGAUUGGCACGUCCAUGGUGAUUCCAUUGGGCAGCUGGAGCGACGCGGUGAGCCUCACUACUGGUUUGGGCGGGAGGGGUCCAUGGGCUGUAAAAUCUCUGGGGACUGCUUCACUGACACGUCUGGCUGGGCCCCAGUGCCUCUUCCUCCAACCAGACUCCGUCGUUUCCCUGCUGUGGUUCUCCUUGCUGCGUUGCUGCAGUUACCAUUGCUGAAGCUGCAGUGUGCUUGUGGAGCCUCUGGGGACACUCUUUCGCCAUAUGCUGUGGAGCAUCGCAGAUGUAACACUUCCUGUUCCCUCUAGGAGGCUUCGCUUUCACUGCUGCCGGUGCUAGGGCUCUGGCUGCUGACUGAGCCCUUGCACCUCCAACCUCCAUAGGUUCCGCUCCUCCUCCUGGCGGAGGCGUGGAUUGCGCACGCGCUGCUUCUCUGGGAAGGAAGGAGGAGCCCCUGGCUGGUUCGCGCCCUCCACGCCCUUCGUCCCUGCUCCACGGACGUUCUUCCAGCCGCACCCCCACCGCCAGCGCCCUCUGAACGAUCUCCUGCGUGGUCCGGGGUCUCUCCCCUCGCAAUUUCAUCUUUAACCGAGCCGUGCAAUCCCUCCCAAAACAGGUCUCUUACAGGAGCCGAAUCUCUGUCCCAUUCCAGAGCACUGACCAAAGCGAAAAGCGGGCAUGGUACUGCCUUACGCUGGCCCUCCCUUGCUUCAGUCCAUGUAUCUGCUGCCGAGCAAGAUCCACGUCAAUGCUUGAUAAAAAGCACCCAUCCAUCGCUUUAAUAAAGGCAUCCGCAUUUUGGAGCGCCGGAUCCUUAUCUCUCCACAAAUUGCGCAGCCAUGCUUUAGCAUCUCCAUGCAAAUGGGACAUGAUGAAUCCCACCUUCUCUUGCUCAUCUCUAAAGUCUUUGUCCAGCAGUUGCAGUGCACACAUUACAUCUGCUCUAAAGUUGGGGUACUGUUGCAAAUUCCCAUCGAAGUGAGAGACCAGACCGCCUGUUCGUCUCCCCAACCCAAUCCCCUCCGGUUUGGGUGUCAGUUGCCCUUGCUUCGUAAGCACUUCCAACCUGACCUGGAGAUCCCUGUAGGCGGCAGCUGCGUCCUCCUCUCUCUUCCUGGAUGCAAGAGCCUCGGCAUUCAGUCGUGACACUGCUUCUCUGAGUUCCGCUAUCUGCUGUUCGGCCGUCAUAUUGUCUGCCUUUCGUGAGCUCGCUAGUAGGCACCCGCUUUCUCUCCUCUCCGCGAGGCUGUAGAUGCCCACAAUUUUAUGAGACGGAGCUUACUGUCAGAGCUGCUUCCAGAUCCUAGCUCACAGAGGAUCACGCUAGCCAGCGAUCAUUAAACAAAAGUCUUUAUUGAGUUACAGUUUCCAUUCUCAAACUGCUGCGUGCAACUCUACGUCUCAUGGUUAGACCGGCGAAGCUCCGUCUGAGUCUCCGCCCCUUGUACACCAACUUAAUAUCCUAGCCCUGCUCCACCUUUUCCGCCUGACUAUUCUUCUCUGGGUCCCUCUGCCCCCUGGGGUCUCUUCUUUCCGGGAUUCCUCUGACGCUGACGCUGACGCUGACCCCCCUGACUCUUCUCCCUCCUUUCGGCGGGCUUUAGGACCUGGCUCCCUUUCCGGGCUGCCUACUGUGCCACCUUCCUGUGCAUUUGAACUUGCGCGCGCGCCCAACCUUCCACCUUCCGUCUGACCGUUUCUUCGCUCCCCGAUGGAGGUGUGGCCACUCCUGACUCGUGCCCUCCCCCCUGUUGUGAGCUGCCAGCGCUUGAUCGCUGGCUCCCUUCCUCUUCCCUGCUCUCUGGCGGUGACGCUGGUCCCGAUUUCCAACUGCUCCCCUCUGAGUCCCCUCUGGCUCUAUCUUCCUGGGGCGUCCCCUAGGCUCCCCCUUGCCCUGGCCACUGGUGCUCCUUUCUGUGAAUCUUCUGAUUCACUGGAAAGACUCGGAGAUCUCGGGUCGUCGUCAUCACUCAUCUUUUCUUCUGCCUCCUCCCCCUCGCUCUCUGUUUCCUCCCUUGCCCUUGCCUCUGCUCCUGAACCCCUGACAGUUGAUUAUUUAUUUACAGGCAUAUAUACUACCCAAUAAACAAUAAUUUAUCAUUUGAUAAUUUAAUUUAAUCAUUUGUGUUUUAACAUUAUUUUACACCACUUUUCCGGCAAAUUGGGUAAGAUAAAAAAACACACAUUUUAACAAUUUAUUUAUUUGACUUGGGUGUUGUACCAUCUCAGAGGCACUGUGUGACUUGUUGUUGUUGUUUAGUCGUUUAGUCGUGUCCGACUCUUCGUGACCCCAUGGACCAGAGCACGCCAGGCACUCCUGUCUUCCACUGUCUCCCGCAGUUUGGUCAGACUCAUGUUUGUAGCUUCAAGAACACUGUCCAACCAUCUUGUCCUCUGUCGUCCCCUUCUCCUUGUGCCCUCCAUCUUUCCCAACAUCAGGGUCUGUAUUGGAGCCUCAGCUUCACGAUCUGUCCUUCCAGUGAGCAUGUAGGCCUGAUUUCCUUAAGAAUGGAUACGUAUGAUCUUCUUGCAGUCCAUGGGACUCUCAAGAGUCUCCUCCAGCACCAUAAUUCCAAAGCAUCAAUUCUUCGGCGAUCAGCCUUCUUUAUGGUCCAGCUCUCACUUCCAUACAUCACUACUGGGAAAACCAUGGCUUUAACUAUACGGACUGUGUGACUUACAGCUGUUUAAAUUUCCCAUUGAACUGAAUGGGCAUUGUGAGAGCUAAAUGAUUUUAUAAAUUAUAUUGUCAACUGGAAUCACAAUAUAGCCUUGAAAUGGAAUUGAGACAUAUUUGUUCCAAAGUGGGAAACUGAUGUAAACCUACUAAUUUUUUGCUUUGCAUGAAAAUAAUGCUUGGCUUCAAAUAGCUGGAUAUCUAAGAAAUCUUAGUGAUUCCAGACAUCAUGAAAGGCACGUAUUGUACAUUUAUUACUAAAAUCUCGAUGCCCUAUGUUGUCUAUCUAGUCUGUGCUACAGUGCAUUUGUGGAACUCUUUUAUGAAUGAGGGAUUCCCCGUUGCUUUUAAUGUUAGAUGCAGCUUUACUCAUGAGAAGGGCCCAAGCUUCAACUGGGAACAUGCAUUUGCAUCUAUCGGUGUGCAAAGCAAACAAUUUUCAGACGCAACACUGCCAUUCUUGAUAUGAGAUUAACUGUGCAUGUCUACUCAGAAGUAAGCCUCACUGAAGUUCAGUGGGACCUUAAAGGUAAAGGAACCCCUGACCCUUAGGUCCAGUCGUGGCCGAUUCUGGGGUUGCGGCGCUCAUCUCGCUUUAUUGGCCAAGGGAGACGGCGUACAGCUUCCGGGUCAUGUGGCCACAUGACUAAGCUGCUUCUGGCAAACCAGAGCAGCGCACAGAAAUGCCAUUUACCUUCUCACCGGAGCUGUCCCUAUUUACCUACUUGCACUUUGACGUGCUUUCAAACUGCUAGGUUGGCAGGAGCUGGGACAGAGCAACGGGAGCUCACCCCGUCGCGGGAUUCGAACCGCCGACUUUCUGAUCGGCAAGUCCUAGGCUCUGUGUUUAACCCACAGCGCCACCCGUGACCCUUCAGUGGGACCUACACCUAGGUAAAUGGCUAUAACUAUAAAGAAGCUCUGUAGCUCUAAAAAACAACCACCAAAAGAAUAACUUUGGCUCCUGUUGUUAUUAUUUAUUAAAUUUGUAUACCAUCCAAACCUGCAGAUCUCAGUGGUUUGUAACAUAAAAUCACAAUAUAAAGAAAACACAAAAUGUAUAAUAAAAACAAAGACAACUCAACAAUCCCCCCUUCCACAACACAUUUUAAAAGGGCAUAGGAUGUAAAUCGGAUCAGUCAAAGGCCUGGUUAAAGAGGAACGUUUUUGCCUGGCAUCUAAAGGUGUAUAAUGAAGGUGCCAGGUGAACCACCCUGGGGAGAGCAUUUCACAGACGGGGAGCCACUACAGAGAAGGCCCAUUCUUGUGUUGCCACCAUCCAGACAUCACGCAGAGGAGGCACAUGAAGAAAGGCUGAUCUCCGGGUCUGCGUAGAUUCAUAUGGAGAGAAGCAAUCCUCUUAAACAGCUCUUUGUAAGAAUGUAUCUUAUGGGGUGGCAGGUUUUUGUUUUGUUUUAGCUUUUCAAUCCAAUACAGUGGUACCUCAGGUUACCUACGCUUCAGGUUACAGAAACCCAGAAAUAGUGCUUCAGGUUAAGAACUUUGCUUCAGGAUGAGAACAGAAAUCGGGCUCCGGCGGAGCGGCGGUAGCAAGAGGCCCCAUUAGCUAAAGGGGUGCUUCAGGUUAAGAACAGUUUCAGGUUAAGAACGGACCUCCGGAACGAAUUAAGUACUUAACCUGAGGUACUACUGUAGAAGCUACAGAUUCAAAUACAUAUCGGGGUUUGGGCUCCCCCCCCCCCUUAAACUUAUGUUAUGAUGGAGGGAGGAGACAAAGGACUCGUCCUUACUCUCCUUGUCAUGCAGUGGUAAUUGGGACUUGUAAAUUGAGCUAGAAAUUCUAGAAAUAUAUUCUAGAAUACAUUUGGUUCAAUGUGCAUAUUAUUUUUCAAAAGUCCAGAAAUUCUAAAAACAGAACCCGAUACACCUCCGUUGGCUUGGACAUAUUUUGAACUUUAAAAUGUGCACUGCUAAACAAAGCUACAAUGUUGUUGCUAUUUGCUCCUAAAUAAUUGUAGCAGUGUAUGAAGCAAAGCUAACAUUGCACUUCUAUCAGUGUGGAGAACCUUUGGACCUCCAGAUAUUGCAGAAAUGCAGCUACUAUCUUCCCUGGCCAUUGGCCAUGCUUGCUGUGGUUCAUGGGAGUUGUAAUAUAAGUCUGGAAUAUAAGGCUAAAAUCCAAUGCAGUUACUUGCGUGAGCUAUAUCAAAGUUUAUUCCACCUAGAAUGUGCCUGCAAAGCUAUUUUAAGUUCUAGCUGUUCUCCAUUUUUUUCUACCUUGUGAAUAUUUUUCUGUUGCCCAGAAAUAUGCUGGAUGGGGCUUAAAAGUGCUAGGCUUUUAUUUAUUCAAUGAUUUGUUCUUAUAGGAAUAUCCAUCCUGGAACCCAAAUCAUAUCCAUGUGGGUUUAUUGGGUAGUUAUUCAUGCAGGCACUGAUCAGACCCAGAUCUGCUUUGUGGCCUCAGUCUAGCAGUACUGUCGUACCUCGGAAGUCGAACGCCUUGCGAGUUGAAUGUUUUGGUUUCUGAACGCUGCAAACCCAGAAGUGAGUGUUCCAGUUCAUGAAUGUUCUUUGGAACCAGAACGUCAAUUGUGGCUUCCAAUUGGCUGCAGGAGCCACACAUUGGUUCCUGAACGUUUUGGAAGUCAAACGGACUUCUGGAACGAAUUCUGUUCGACUUCCGAGGUAUGACUGUACUCAAACUAGAGUACUGAAAGCAGAGUUGUUAAAAAAACAUAAUUUGAGCUAUAUAGCUCUAUAAAGUACAUGGAACUUUAGAGUUCCAGUCUCUGCCCAUUUUCCAGCAUAACGUUUACAUCCUUCUUGCUGGCACCCAGUUAUUCCUCAUCUUUCACUUGUGCAUUUAUGAGUUCUUAAAAAAAAAUAGUGUAUUUUGUUUGCCAAGUACUCCUAUUCUAGUACCCUGUUAUCUGGGCUCUCCAUUUUCCAUUUUCAUCUGUCAUAGAUCUGAGUUUCCUCUUGACUCAUUUGUAGAAUACAUUAAACAGCACUGGGCCCAGCACUGGUCCUUGAGGAAACCUGGUGGAUGGCUCCUUCCUCUCUGACAGUUCAUUCAUUGCCAUCUGGAGCUAUUGAAUCAACUUGGAUCCAUCCCAUGAAAUCUCUUCGGGUUCAGAAUUCUCAAGCAAGCUGAUGAGUCAAUCACUUGAACUUUUUUCAAAGCAGUUUUUGAUAGUUGCCUGCUACCAUAUCCAAUGCUUCAUCUGGGAAAAUUGGGUGGUAAUGUUUUAGUCUUAACGAUUCCUACUUUCAAAUAUUCCUGAUUCAUUGGUAUAAGAGGUUCAUUUAACAAGCCUUGAAGAUCUAGGAUUAAUCAAGAAUGUUUACGUAUUUAACUACUGACAUUAAGAUGAAAAGCAACUCGUCUACCAGGAAGUGCUCUUAUUAAGUGAAAGAACAAGAAUUCCCAUUUGCCCACUUCAAGCUGUGAUCUCCUGAGAUGUACUGAGCUAAGCAGGGUCAUUCUGGGUCACUAUUUAGAUACAAGAUUGCUAGAGAAAGCUGAAACGCCACGGGAAAUAUUGGCAAUUCAGAAAGUGAAACAUACCUUCUGAGCUCGUAUUGAACCAAUCAAUAUUGUUAAGGGCUGCUGUAUAGCUGGGAUGGGAGAUAUAAAUGUAACAUAGGCUUUGCCCAUCUGUACCUUCUUACAAGUAGAGCUAAGCAUCUAGACAUCAAACUUUCCUCUUCUUCAGAAUAAUUGUUUAAUUCUUACCUACAUUUUCCAUUUAUUUUUCCCACGUUGUCCGAAUUAACUUCACUUCCUGCCUUUAAGAUGCAUUUAUGUCAUAUUGCUUCUAAAAUGUUACAUGGCGAAUGCUGGAGGAAAAAAAUUCUUUUGGCAGGGAUCUAAACAUCCUGGGCAUAAGCAGAAGCCAUUUCUGUGCAUGCGUUUGUGGCCAUUGUUUCUUCUAAUCCUAUACUUGUUGCUGUUAUUUAUUAAAUGUUCCCUCUGGAAUGUCUCUCAGUCAUCAAGAACAGCUUGUGGAAGGAAGAGUGAGGAGCUAAAGGAUGAAAACUGGGUGGAUUCUGGCAUUCUGUAUGCAACUGUUAGGAUCCCAGUCUUUUUUUAAAAAAAAAAAACCUGGACAUUUUAACUUAUAUAUUUCCUUUUUUCUCAUACAUAGGGUUUUUGAAAUAAUAUUUUUUAUUAGUUUUCAAUCACAAACCAAUAAUAGCCUCAUUAUAACAAUACCGAUUUAUAAUACAAUUAUUAAUAACAAUCUUUCAAAUACCGAAUUAUGUAAUUUUGGUAAAGUGGCCUCCCACGUGCUAGAUUAGAUAAAUUGAUUAUUUGCUUUAUUUCUGCGUUCCAAAAUCUUAUUGAUUUCCAUUGCAUUCCAGUCAUCAUCAUAACCCCCCAUACAACAACUGUGAUAUUAAUAACUUCUAUUCGUGUUGACACAUUAAAUGAUUCAUAAAAUUGCAAGUGAGGAACUCAAACUAUAUCCUUGUUCUUCCUGUGUGUGGCAGUUACCGGUAUUCUGUCAGUGGUGUUUCUUCCUGUCCUUGUAAGAUGUUAUGGCUUUCUUUCCCAUGGUUGUUGCUGUUAUCCACCAUGCCUUGGGCGGAGGUGAUAUCCCAUUAUUGUUCCAGAAAUUUAUCCAUUGCUCCGUGCUUCAUUGUUUUUCAACUUUAACAACAGCUGCAAAAGUCACUCUGUCUCCAAUGUGUGUAAAUAUAUAUUUCAACCGCUCCCCCCCCAUGCCAUAUAUAUAAUAUAUGCAGACAAAAUUAAAUCUCCCCAUAUCUGAUUUCCAAGCCUUAGGAUGACUGAGGAUUGAAACUUGCCGUAUUUUUCUGUGUAUAAGACAAGGGUUUUUUAUUUUAAAAUAUUGUUAAAAAUUUGGGGUUGUCUUAUACAGGGUAGUGCAUGGGGGGGGCGGGCGAUUGUUGGCAGCCAUGAGUAGGAGAUAUACAGUGGCAAUUGGGCAGGUGACUGGUGUAUGCGCCAAGGGCUGUUUGGGAUUGGCUGUUGUUGCGGCAAUUGGGUGGGCGAUUUCUGGCUGCUGUUGGCGAUUGGGCAGACGAUGGUUGUCUUCUGUGAGGCAUGCGAUUGGCAGCUGCGUUCAGGCGAGUGACCGAUUGCCAAGCUCAACAAGUCCGGGCAUUUCCCCAUAAAAAAGCUUAAUAACUCUGGGAAGUCUCCCACCAUUUUCUUAAUUUGAAGUCCCCAAAAAUAGGGGGCGUGUUAUACACAGAAAAAUACAGUAUUUCUUUUUGCCUUGAAAGCAACUUGAAAGGAAUUGUGGUUGAACAUCAAGUGGUGUUUCCCACAGCUGAUUUUUGAAAGUUAACCGUGGUUAGCUAUGGCUAGUAAACCAUGACCUACAGUUUGGAUCAAAGAAGAAGCUGCUUUUAAGGGAAAACAAAAAGUCCUAUUUCUAUCUGCAGAGGAAGAGGAAGGGGAAGUAUAUGUUGCCAUGGUUUGCUGUGGCUUGUGCUAAACCAUGGUUUAGUGUGACAAAUGAAGACUGCAUACAGAGUGCACUAGAGAACACCCUUUACUGUUAAUGGUAUCUGUUAUGAAAAUAUAGGGCAGGAGAAAUUUUAGCGCAGUUACAAGUUUUACACUUUAUAUAAAAGAAGACUGCACAAAUUAAAACUAAACUGACACCGUAUUCUGUACUUGCUGCUGAUUUUUUCUCGAAUACUUACACAUGGUCAUAAACAAAACUGUGAAUGGCAAAAUCUUUCUAUGAUUUAGACUGUUUUACAAAUCUAACUUUAAACAGCCCCUGUAUUGUCAUUGCAGCCCCUCCCCCCACAGUGACCCUGGACUUAAGGUCCCAGAUGAUCAGGGCCUUCAUAUGGGUAAAAGCAACUUAAAAAGGGGAAAACCCUUUUAAGUUACCCAUCCUUUGUGAUGAGACACAAAUGGGGAGGGGGGGAGACAUUCCACAUGGAGGGGGCUGUUUUAGGAAUGAUAUUUCAAUCCUUUUACUUCCAAAUUACUGGCUUGACUUUCAGUUGCAGUCCCAAAAAAAAUCACAUAAGGUAAAUUAGUUCGCUCCACAUUGAAAGUAGAUUUCGCCCAUCUGCUUGGUAGGAGAACUUUGCAGGUGGAUGAGAGACAAACUUGCUUUCAUGUGUUCAGCUGUCUCCAUAUUUAACUUUCAAAGGGCAGUAGUUUCUUUUCUCCAUUCCUCUAUUCAUGGUGUUCAGCUGAGGUUGCUGAGCAGCCUUUUUGAAUAUCAAAUAGGCUAUUGAUAGUCCCAUUCAGAUUCCGAAAAAAAAGAAAAGCUAUUACUGGAAUAGGGAGGUAUUUUAAAAUAGAAGAAGUUCUGAAUUAGCAAAAUAGAGCAGCGUAUCAGUUUGGCUUUGAAAAUAUGAGCAUGUUUUAUUGCAAUUUAUUGCAAUUUGGUUUAAUUCUCCCCACCCUAGCAAUGUGGUCAAGCUUUUUUUUGCUUUUUGUACACAUACCUCUUUAUUUACAGUAGGAACACAAUAGGAUUAUUGCAGUUAUAUUAUGGAAAUUAUACUAUCAUGUAUUGUUCUUUUUAUCCAUUUGGAUAUCUACCCUGUUGCCUCCUUGGGGCUCAUGGAAAACCAAAAUCUUCGCAGUACAAUAUCUGAUAGAAAGAGCAUGUGAACAAUUGCACACCAGUUAGGUCUCUAAUGCAGGCUUUGGGCCUGUCAGAGAUAAUCUAUUUUUUACUAGAACUCCAAGAUCUACCAGUGAGAGUCAGGUGCCAAAGAUUCGUAGUUAGGAUGGGAGAACAAGGUGUCUUUGAAGACUUCUUGAGCUUGGGAAUUUCUUUUCAAUACCAGAGCUGAACUGACCUUGCAAUCUUUGCAGACAAACAUCCGCUCCUGGUGUGCUUUCUGUUCAUUUGAGCAGCCUAAUUUUGGUGGGGAAGUAAUUUUGUUACUUUUGUUGCUUAAAAAGAAAAAUGGGAGUCGGAAAUCCUUGCUGCUUUACUACAAAUCAUCCCAAGAUCUACAGGUAGAUUCCAAUUUAACUUCUGCAACACCCCAGUUCUCAUGUAUUUCUAAACCUCUUCGCACCACUUUAUGAAAUAAGUGAUAAAAUUCACUUGGGCUGUAAUCAUAGACAGCCUUAUACAGAGACCGGGGAAGCACAAAUGCAGGCAGAGGUUUUUGCUUAUGUUUAUAUGGUGUUUAGUCUUCACCCACCUGAGCAGGCAAGCAAUAAAUGCUGAUUUCUACUGGGUGAUUGACAUUCAAAACCACUUUAAGAUUGUGACCUUUGCUAUGGGAAACUUGUCUUACCACUGGUUUUAAGUGGUGCUAUUCAUAUAUCUCUUCUAUAGGGGAUGAUAAGUUACAUUCUUCAGGGGAGCAAGCUCUUACCUGACGGAAUGCCUGGUUUUAAUAAUUAUUUUAACUGCACGUUGAAUCUAGCAGGAGUAAACGCCCAUCUGUAUUUAGGUAUUUGUAAUUUUGAGAGAGAUAUUGCUGAGGUGAACCCUCUCCCAUUGUCCUUUAUUGCUAGGUGUUUAUUCAUCUCACUCACGUGGCAUUCAUUUUAUUUUUUUUGCACUGGCUUUGGCUACAGAAUAAUAUCCAUAUUCAUUCUGUAAGACGUGUUAAAUAUCUCUAAUGCAAUUAGAACAGGGGUCAGCAGACUUUUUCAGCAGGGGGCCGGUGCACUGUCCCUCAGACCUUGUGGAGGGCUGGACUAUAUUCUGAAGGGGGGAAAAGAAUGAAUUCCUAUGCCCACAAAUAACCCAGAGAUGCAUUUUAAAUAAAAGGACACAUUCUACUUAUGUAAAAACACACUGAUCCCUGGACUGUCCGAGGGCUGGAUUUAGAAGGCGAUUGGCCCGGAUCCGGCCCCCGGGCCUUAGUUUGCCAUGAAUUAGAACAUUGUAUGUAUGUUCUUUUAUAUAUGCAUUUGCAGGAAUAAUUAUUUUCCAAUCUUCACUGUGCGAGGGAAUACUUAAGAAUGUCUUCUCUAUAACAGGACACUACAAGCAUAGAAAAACUGGCAAACUGUUGCGAAGACAUGUAAGUAUCUCUGUUUUGAUGUGCUAAAGGCUUAAUGGGGGGGCUAUACAGUUAAAGAUUGUCUAUUUAGGAAACUCUGAAGGCACCAAUGAAAGCCUUGCAUGCCCUGUUUUGCCGUGAUUCGUAUGACCCUUUAGCGAAAAACAACACCAGACUAUUCUUUCCUAUCUAAAGCCAUCAAAACUCCCUUUUCAAAGCACAGGCUCUAGAGAAAGUUUCUGUUUUGUUGGCAAACACUGUGCAGAUCACGAGGGCUGCCGUAGCUUUAAGGCUGCCUUUGGUUGAUACAGAUGCAGUGCGUGCUUCUCAUAGUUAAAUCUCAUCUGCAUGCUGCAGUGAAAGGAAAGCUGCUCUUGUAGUGGCUGGGAUGCAAUUCAUCAGAGUCAAGUAAUGGCUCCCCAGCCAACCUGCAUUGUUCUCGUUGACUGAAGUGCACCAUGGGAAUGCUGUCUUUCACUAAUAAUGCUGUCGUCUGUAGAUCGAGACCCCGAAAGCCAUGGCAGCAGACCUUCUCAGAAGUUUUUGGCACUCGCUGGAAGAUCCUGUGGUUUAUUCCUUUCAGGCAAAGGCGACCACUGAGAGUUCCCCACCACUUUGCCAAUCACGUCUAA